AUGUCAAAAUCAAUCCUCGACUCCCUUCCUUCCUGGCUACCAGGCCAAGACCUCCUGCACCCGCAUUACAAGUAUGCCUCAGCCGGUCCAGCAUUGUUCGAACUGGACAAGAAGAGCUUGUGGGCUUUUGUAGCUAUGACGGCUUUCAAUCCGAUUUUCUGGAACACAGUCGCUAGGAAUGAAUACCGAAACAAGACGAUCACCAAGAUUGUCGGAUCACCUUUAGUCGGCACCUACUUAUUGGCCAUUACCAUCUUCUCGAUAAGUGCUUUUAGGGAUCAUCUCUUCAUCAACGCCUUGAAGGAUCAACCAUCCCUUAUCGAACUCGAUCAACCCCUCAUCAAACUCCUCGCCAUCAUCCUCUUCGUAUCUGGUCAAACAUUCGUCAUCUCCUCCAUGUGGGCAUUGGGAGUAACCGGUACAUACCUCGGUGAUUACUUCGGCAUACUUAUGACUCACCGUGUUACUUCUUUCCCAUUCAACGUCCUCUCCGACCCAAUGUACGUUGGAAGUGCACUUACUCACCUCGGUACGGCUUUGUGGUUCCAAUCUCCCGCCGGGAUCUUGUUGGCCGCGUGGAUAUGGUUGGUAUACAGUGUUGCGUUGAAAUAUGAAGGCCCAUUCACCGACAAAAUCUACUCGGCCAAAUCCAAGUCAUCUCCCGCCGCCAAGAAAUCGACAAUUAACGAUAAGACCGAAACCUACGCUUCUGUCACAUCAACUUCCGCUCCUGCUACACCUUCUAGACGAUCUGGUCGAAUUGCCUCAAGAAAAUCAUUAGCUGGACAAUCUGACGUUGAUUCUUCUGAUGCCGAGGCCAAACCCGCUGGACGAAAGUCGAGAGCAUCCGGUUUGACUCAGGAGUUACAAGGUGCUGCUGGGACACCGGGGAGAUUGACUAGGAGUAGAAGUAAACCUAGAGUCGUGGAUGAUUCGGACUAG